AUGGAAUCUACGCUGAUAUAUAGAGUGUCUGAUGGACUUCCACUUGCUGGAUCAAGUGAUGAUGACAAUACCCGAGAAUUGUUGGCCUUGAAGAAGCAAUGCAAACGACUUGUGAGCAAGUUUAGUCAACAGCCUGAACAUAAUACUUCAAUGGGGGAUAUUGCAUCGACUGUUGAAGAGAAUGGAUCGAUGAAAAAUAUUCAUUACUUGAUUUCUAAAGGGAUGAUUUAUCUAUGUAUAACACCUUCGAAGUUCCCUAAGAAAUUGGCAUAUUCGUACUUAUCCGAAAUCAGUAACGAGUUUGGACAUGUUUAUGGUGCUGAUUUGGACAAACCUGACUUGAAACCUUACCAAUUUAUGCAGUUUGAUUCAUUUUUGGGUAAGACCAAGAAGAUUUAUAGCGACUCAAGAGUCCAGUCAAAUCUGGACAAGCUCAACUCAGAUUUGUCCGAUGUGAAAAUGAUCAUGAACAAGAAUAUCGAAGAUAUAUUAUAUCGUGGAGAUUCCUUGGACAAGUUGCAAGAUUUGUCACAGAAUUUGAAGGCUGAGAGCAAGAAAUAUAGACGAUACGCUGAGAAGAUCAACUUCAGGUUGUUACUCAAGCAGUAUGCUCCUGUAGCAAUGGUGGCCUUGAUCGUACUCUUUAUUCUCUAUCGUUUGCUAUUCUAA